CUACCGGUAUUAACGCCGGUGGUUGACUUUGGGGUUUGCUCGUAUACAUAGAUUAUAUCCGUUAGCGGGCUUUUUAGAUCUCCAUAGUAACAGCAGUAAACAUGGCGGAUGCGACCAACGGAUUUCACUUUGACGAAUUAUCUAAAAUUCGUUUGCUUGAGCCAGACGUUUUUCAGCAAACACAAGAAUUGAAGGAAGAAUGUAAAGAAUUUGUUGAUAAAAUUUCAGAAUUUCAAAGCAUUGUGGGAAACUUUAUUAGCAUGGUGGAUGGUCUGGCAAAAGAAGUUGAAAAUGAGAAGAUGAAAGCAAUAGGAUCAAGAAAUUUGCUUAAAUCUGUAGAAAAGCAAAGAGAAACUGAACAAGAACAGCUUCGUGCUCUGAUUGCAGAAAAGAAAGUUCAACUUGAGAGACACAGGCAUCAAUAUGAAUCACUUCUGAAAACAGAGGAGGAUCAAAGAGAGUUUCUUGAGCAAUUUAUUCUUUAUAAGUAAUAUAUUUGAAAUUUUAUGCAAAGUUAAUAUAUAGUGGUAUAUAAAAAUA